AUGGCUCAUUGGUUUCACCGUAAUCCGAUAAAACCCACAGAGUUUGCAAAGUUCGAUUUGAAAGGAGUUUUAACAACCGAUACAUGCAGUAAAAUUUGCGGGUCAGUUUUUUCAAAACUUAAUUAAUUUUUUUAGUUGCCAACGUAUGAAUUAUGCCGUGUUCAAUUUGAUUCCGCGAAAUGCAAAAUGAUCUCUGACUCUCCAAAAUGUAGUGGUCUUUCCCUUUCUCUAACGGGUAUUUUGCAUUUCGCGGAAUCAAAUUGAACACGGCAUUCGAAUCAUUUUAAAAACAGCGAAAAGGAAAAAAGGUGUAUUUGCUACGUGUAUUUGUUGAUGAAUAUUUAGCUUGAUUGUGGAAAAAACAGUAUCGAAAAAUUUUCUAAGGAGUAAGGUUUGUGGCACUGUAUGUCUAUGGAUUUUUUUGUUUUCGUUUUCAUAAGCAUGUACAUUGGAUUUUUAUUUGUUCUUAAAUUUCAGAGAACUGCGUUUGAGAAGAGAAAAGCUCGUCGGCUACUUUUCUAAUGCAGGAAACGACUUAUUCGAAGUAUCUAAAGAGUUUAAUGACUAUUUGCGGCUUCUAGCGGGCUUUCUUGUCGAAAUCGGAAGCAAUCAAACCACUAGGUUCAUUAAAAAAUUUUAUUUGAAUUUUUUCCAAUAAAAAAGUACGAGUUCACAUAUCUAUCAGUUAGGAACUAUUCUUUGGAAGAGGAAUUUGAGCUUUCAGUGAUGGCGGAAAUCGGAACAGCAAGCUUAUUCCAUUAAUUCGUUUCAAAUGGGGACAUUCCAUGCUGGUCGAGACGGCAACGUAUGUAUAUAUUAUUAGUUAUCAAAUAGUGAGGCUUUUUUGUCUGCUUUUUUUGUUGACUGGAUUCUAAAUUCAUUCUGAUGAUUGAACUUCUCAUUUCAGAGAGCUUUCCGAUUCUUGGUUUGAAGCUCUCAACAUCAUAUUGAACAUGGCCAUGUGGUUGCUGAAACACGCUGCUUGGGUUGCUGGAAAAGACGAGGUUCAUUUUGGAUUUAUUUUUUGUUUUUUUUUUUUAAUUUUAUUUGAUUUUUUGAACGAAAACUCUUUUUGACAGGUUCGCGAUUCAGAGGCAAAAGAGUGUUUGAACUGUCUUCGUCAGGCUGCUGGGAUGUUCUCUUAUGCCAAAGAGACAUCAAGUACGUUUUUUCAGAUUUUCUCGUCGUAUACCGAAUAUACAUAUAGCGCGCCCAUAUUUUCAUAUUUCAAAUAUGAAGUAGCUUGCUCCGCCGCCACGGACAUGGUUACUUUUCGCGUGGUUCGAUUUUCUCAUUCAACGAUAACGCUGCAAUUUUUGUUUUUGUUUUUUUUAUUUAAUGGAUGGUUUUACUAGCCAGGCAAUGGUUUUAUUUAUCGUGUCAGAACCUUUUUUCGAAGGCUCAAGCCAGCCAUGAAUGAGCUAUAUACUGUUCUUUUCAUCUUGAUUUGCCGUACGUGAAAUAGUAACAAUAUUAAAGUACCGUUUUUUUUUUUCAUUUUGAAAACGCUUUUUUUCUGUUCUAUGAUCUCGUGAUCUUGUCCACUAAAAAAAAUUAUCACGAGCGCCUGCUCUUUGUAGUACAAAAAGGGGCCUUUGAUGUUGUUAUUUUUUUAUAUUUGAGAGUUUUAUCGUACAUUAUAAGGUAUUUCUAUACUGUUAUAAAAAUAAAAAAAUGUCAACGUACCGAAAAGAAAUAUUUUACAAUUUAAAUUGAUGCGGUGGAAGUUUUUUUUUUACAGCUUUGCUCGAAAAUACCAUGUUUUCCUUCUUUUUUAUAGAACGAUUCACAUUACAGCUCGGCUUUCUGGUGCAAAUGAGGUCGAGGGCUCCGAUUUCGAUCCGAAAGUCAUGGAAGCCUACACGUUGCAGGUUCGUGUUUAAAUAGGGUGUAAGAUUCGAAAAAAGAAUUUUUCUUUGGUUCUUGUUUGAAUGACAGUUUUGAACAAAAAUAAUGAUUGGAGGCGACUGCCGAGGCGCAAGAAGUGAUAAUCGCUCGAGCCAUCGACAUGAAACACAAUCAUUUGCUCAUCUCGGCGCUUUCUGCCAACACGGCCAGCAUUUUCGCCAAGGCAGGUAAGAAGCUCGAUUUUAAGAUUUUGCCAAAUGACUUUCUCUACCUGGUUCUCGAUUCGGAUCAUUUGCAGAACAGAACGUUUCUUCGUUGUCCGAAGAGGUUUUCGGUAGAUGGAGUCGCUAUUUGCAACUCAAACAUCACUUUUACUUGGCAUAUGGCUACGCUUUCCUCGGCGAAGCACAGCUCUCUGAGGACAAAUGUGGUGAAGCUGUCAGGUAGAUCAUAAAAACCUUGGGCAAUUUAAAAAAUGGUUCUUAAAAGCUCCUGGUUUUUUUUUAAGGAAAGUUAUUCUCUUAGCUUCACAAGUUUCAAUGGAAAUUCUCGGAAAAAAUGUUAGUUGAAUAAAAAAAAAAACGAUUUUUCGUUUCCUAGGACAAGAGAACAAAAAUGACGGAGCAUUAGAGGUUACUAUCGAUGAUAAUCACGGUUCUUAUGAUAAUAAAAAAAAAACUGACAAUUGUGGUCGAUAAAAAAGUAGAGGAUGUAGGAAUAAAUUUUUCUUUGUGAUUUUGAAAGUUUCCAGAGCUUGUAAACAAGGUAUAUCCGAGUACGAAGUGGCCAAGGACCUCGCGGCCAAGUAUGCGACAGCCUCGGGGCCCGGUUUUCCAUAGAGUUCCGAAAAUAAUUCAUUAUUUUCGUACAGGCACGAGAAUAAAACCUGAACAACAUCUGUUCUUCCGCAGGAUUGAACCUCUCCUCAAACGACAUUUAGAGAAAGCAGAACGUGAAAAUGGGUUCAUUUACCAUCAAAAGGUUUACAAAACCAUCAUCCGAGUGAUGCAAAAAUAUAACCCUAAUAUCGAGGUUUAUCAGAAACCAAUCUAUUGCAGGUUCCUGAAGAAUGUCAACAAUUGGAAACAGAAGUGAGUUACGGCUUGGCGAAGGCAGAAUCAUUCUCUUAUCCUCCGCCAGCUGAGGUUUGUUCUACUAUGAGAAAAACUAGGGGGUGGAAGUUUUUUGUCAGAUCUUUCAUUUUUCCGGAUGAGUAAUAGUUUCAUGAACCAUUUGGAUAACUCUUACAAAAAAAAAACGAUGAGCCAAAGCCUCUUUUAGGUGUGGAAUACCUCGGUAUACACGGCGUUCGACUUGUCAAAAGCCCAAAUGCCCGACUUUUCAAAGGUGAAGAAGAGCAAAUCGAAAUUGGAGCCCGUCAAAGAAGAAAAGAUUUAUCAAACUGAAAAAGACCCCAGUAACUCGAGUGGUUGUGUUAUUUCGUAAUUUAAGCGUACUCAAACAAUAUCUGACAAAAGCUUUUUUUUCAUAACCCUCUCAAAGUUAUUUCAUAACCCUCUCAAAGUUAUAAACAGACUAACUUCAUGAUUGAAAAAAAUCUUGUCACAUCAUAAAACACCCUCCAGUCUAUGUACAGAUCACUCACACCUUAAUUGAUUCACCCAAGUGCGAUCCGAUGAACACCUUUUUGGCGUCCGAUUAACCACUCGAACUUCAGUAACGCGAAACGGAGGCGAAUCGGACGUGUCAGAGCAUUUUUAGUGACCGCAGUAGCGUCAGCACUCUUAAUUGAUCCCUAGAAAUGCUCAGAAACGUCCGGUUUUCGUUACCGAGAUUCGAACAUGCGAAAAUCAGUCAAGCAAAGUCAUUUAGAGCAAGUUUCCGCGUGAAUGAAUCUGGGUGUGCAUGAACUACUACUGUGUUGCCAAAAUUAUGAAUAACAUGUAAAAUGCUGUAUUAAUAUAUGGAAUCGAUUUUUGAUCCGAAGUUUAGUCUGAAAUAGGUCAGUCCUCCUUCUGACAACCCUUGACGAUAAAAUCUGUACUUCAAUUAAUAAAGUGUAUGAAUAUGAUUUUUUUUUUUUCGAUCAUGACAUUUGAGAUGUUUACUUAGUGGAUGGCUAUUUAAAGACGUAAAUAUGUAACGGCGGUUCAAUGUACACAUUGUGACACGGCGCCGUGAGGAAAACUCGUCUUUACCAGUUCGAAGCUCCGUUUUUAGACGGCUCCACGAGAAGACUCACUUGUGCGAGUCGCCGUUGCCACAGACCUCGACGUACAACUACUUCGACUCUUUUCAUGCCCAUGUUUCCCUGCUCGCUCCCUUUUAUUCUGACGCUGGUAUACGUUACGUCCACAAUCAAUUAUGUCACGGCUGUGAGUAUCCUACUAACUAGGGAAGGGUCUCCAUUCGCAGUGGGAAUUCUGAAUGAGACUAGGUUCACUAGAUGUAGUUUUUCACGCUGAUUCCAAAUCUGGUCUCAAAAACUGCCUUCGAGGCCUAUGAAAAAAGUUAGGGGCUCUCAAAGUCGAAAAAUUCAAUGUCUCCGAUUGAGCUCAUUUUUGGAGGGUGUAUAGUCCUUUAUUCCCCGGUCACGAAAAACCAUUUGAUUUUUUUCGAAAAGGUUUUGGAGCCCAGAUAUGAUUUUUCAAAGCUCGGCGCGUGAUAAGAGCUUGCGAGCGCGGUGUCCUAUGGCGAUCCGGCGGCCGUUGAAGCAACGGUAGCGAGGAGCAGUGGUAAGGCGGCGGACUGGGGAUCACGAGGUCAUAGGUUCGGUGCCCACUCUGUGUAAUCUUUUUUUGCAAUUUUUCCUUUUUUGGAUAAUUUCUUCUAACUGCUCCUUUUUUGAGUUUUGAGCCGUAAACACGAAAACACUGCGUUUUGAACCUAUUCGAACAUCUCGACUUCUUUUCGUCGCAAAUUUUUUUCAUGAACUUUUCCGUGAUUUUCCAUGUGUAUGAGCAUGUGUUGGAGUGUCAAAAUUUUCAGAAAAAAAACUUUUGGUUUUUGUUUCUUUUUUUAUUUUUCCAAAAGCUCUUUAGACCAAAGUCAUCACAGCUACGCUGAUUGACCAGAGAGGAAAACUUUUAUUUUCUUCAAAAGACUCUCGUGAUUUGCAGUGGGCUCACCUUUGACCAUCGCCUUUUGUCAAAAAAAAAAGGAAGUUGCGCGAUUCGCCCCAAAUGGAAAAGAUUGAGAAUGUCUAAAAAACUUAUAUCUCAAAGAAACUUCAUUUUUCAUAUUUCCAAUUUCUUUUUUUAUUUUGGAACUUUCUACUCGCCAAAGUAUGACCUUUCAAAAUUUUCACUGAACGGAAAUUUUUAGGGAAGUUUUUUUUCUAGUAUUUUUAUUUACCAAUCAAAAGGAGCCUGCUCAAAAGUUUCAGCAAAAACCUGAAAUAAAUUUGGAUUUUUUUUUCUAGUGAAGAGGUAAAUGGGCACCGAAGUCUGAAAAAAAAAAUCACUAAAAAAGUUCCGCAUUAUCUAUCUGCGCAGCUGUGAUGACUUUGGUCUAGAGAGCUUUCGAAAAAAGAAAAAAAGAAAAAAAAACCAAAAGUUUUUUUUCUGAAAAUUUUGACACUCCAACACAUGAAAAAUUGCAAAAAAAGAUUGCACAGAGUGGGCGCCGAACCUAUGACCUCGUGAUCCCCAGUCCGCCGCCUUACCACUGCUCCUCGCUACCGUUGCUUCAACGGCCGCCGGAUCGCCAUAGGACACCGCGCUCGCAAGCUCUUAUCACGCGCCGAGCUUUGAAAAAUCAUAUCUGGGCUCCAAAACCUUUUCGAAAAAAAUCAAAUGGUUUUUCGUGACCGGGGAAUAAAGGACUAUACACCCUCCAAAAAUGAGCUCAAUCGGAGACAUUGAAUUUUUCGACAUUGAGAGCCCCUAACUUUUUUCAUAGGCCUCAAGGGCAGUUUUUGCGACCAGAUUUGGAAUCAGCGUGAAAAACUACAUCUAGUAAACCUAGUCUCAUUCAGAAUUCCCACUGCGAAUGGAGACCAUUCCCUAGUAAGUAAUGAGGGCUUCAGUGACUUUUUCAGUUGGUUUGUUGCUGGUAAGCAGAAAAAUUGUAAAAAUUAGUGAUUUAUUAUUACUUUUUUUCUGUUCCGUAGUUCGUUCAAGUCUGGCAGCAGAAAAACUGUUUUGGCGUUCAGGGACAUAUUUAUUUUAUUUAAUCAAAUAGUUUAUUAUAGUCCCAUCCCGCGCCAGCUUCUCACGAUUUUCGUUUUCCUCUGAGGUACAGAACUCUUCCUUUCGAUGCGCGCGAUGUUAUCUCUGCCUGCGCCUUUAAUAUAACGGAAAUUUCAGACCAAAUAAAAGAGGCAGGCAGAGAUAAUAUCGUGCGCAUCGAAGGGAAGGGUUCUCCCAGCUCAGAGCGAAACGAAAAUCGUGACAAGCUGGCGCAGAAUGGCCAUAUAUGUACUUCAAGGAACUUUCCGACGGCCACCUUUCCGACGGAUCCCUUUCCGACUUUUUUCUCUUGUUUUUCAAUUUGCAAGAAAUCUAUAAACAUUUUUUUUUUCCUAUUUCUUUGUGUUUUAAUCAUCAACCAACUACCUACUUUAUAUAGGAAGAUUAAAAACGAAGAUUUUAUCGAGAAAAAAAGUCGGAAAAAGAUUCAUCGGAAAGGUAGCCGUCGGAAAGUUCCCUAGCGGUAUGAAAAAACUUUUUUUUUCAUACCACCGAAAAAUCCAGGAAUAGACCUGUACGCCUUCCACUUUUAACGAGGUGGUCUGGUGUAGUAGGAUUUUACUGUCAUGUGACUUUUUUGGAAACCAAAUGAAUCAAAAGAAAUACUUUUUGCAUCAAUUUCAUGGCAUUUCAAAAUUUUUUGGUCCGAGUAGCUCUAGUGAGAUUGAAAAUGUAGCCUACUGACCCGUUUCAGUGAAAAUUCCUGCUGAAAUAUCUGUUACAGUAGGUUAAAAACGUUAAAACGGAGUUGCGAAAAAAAAAACGAUUGAAAAUUUUUAAAAUUGAUAAUGAUUAGUUCAGGGCGUCAUCGCCACGUACUUGACCUAGUUGCCAAAGACAACGUAAAUAAUGGCUCAUUUCUAUCGUUUGGCUAAAUGGCUUGGCUUGGCCGCGAAGCCAAGGGCUGCCUUCCCAAUCCUCCACCUCUGCAUUUUUGCAUCUUUUUCACAUCCUUUAACAAAAAGGAUGCUGAAAAACAACUAAAAAGAUUCGGGAGGAUUCAAAAAGAAUGCGCUGAAACUGUGAAAAAGGAGCUCAAAAGCUUUUUCACAUCAUUCUAGAAGCUUUUAGAGGGACCUUUUUACUUCCCUCUCAGGAUCCUUCGAGGAUCCUCAAAGGAACUUUACCUAUUUUUUUUUGUAAGUAUGCAUCCCUGAUUCAUACAACUGCGGCUAUUUAGUACAGUUUGUUUACUUGUAUGCCCAAAACUAUUUUUCCGCGAAAUAUAUCACUUUAAUGAAAUCAAUGAAGCCACAAGCGAUUUAAAGCCUCUUAAGUUAGAGAUCUAAUCUGAAUUUUCAAUCUUCAGUGUAUUGGAUUGGGCUGUAUGGGCAUCGGAGGCUGCCUCCCAUCGCCAUGCUUCCUGGGCUUAUGUCUUCAAACGCCAAUGGUGAGUGGCUGGCACGAGUUCAAUUCAACCGCCAGCGACUAUUUGGAUAGCUCCUCGAUUGCUUAUUUUUCAAUUUUUUAUUUAAUUUUUCUUGUGUGCAUUAAAUAAUAGUAGAAUAGAAACAAAAAGAGGGCAUGAUCCAAUUCACAACCGGCACGAAAGUUACUAACUCACAAUCAGGCUUGUGCGUCAGGCCGGGCGGCCCGGGCUUUGGGCUUCAUUUUUUGGGAAAAGCCCGCGUGGGCUCGGGCUACAAAAUAUAUAUGAUGGUAGGACGAAAAAUUUGAUCCGCAAAAAUACGUCGCGUGAAAAUUGCGACCACAUAACUUAUGAGCCACGAAAAUUUAAGCCUUUAAAAUUUUGUCCAUUUAAAUUAGAAAUUACUUGCAUAUAAGGCUUUCAAUUUCUGUAUUUUCUGUUUUUCUUUGUUCUGGUCUUCUUCAAACUUCUGCUCUAGUACUGUUUCUCAUUUCUGCGUUGAGUUAUCCCGGCGAUCCCAGGAUUUGAUAACGUUUUGAAAACCAAAUUUCGAGUUUUAACUCUUUUUUUCUUCUGUUUUUCCCAAUUAACUUUGUGCCAUAAAUCAUUAAAGUUCAAAAAUCUGUCAACUAAAUACGUUUUUCCAUGUUUAUAACAAAAAAAAUGACAGACUUCUUAUUGAUGAUAAUGAUUGAAAUUUCUAGAAACCUACCGAAAACAGUGGCUCUAGCUCUGGAAUUAAUCAAUAUCAAGAAUAAAGGGGGGGAAAAAAAAAGGAAAAGAAAGAAAUUCAAAAAGUCAUCAUCUGAGCAAUUUUAAAAUUUUACGAAAAAAUUUUGAAGGCUUAAAAUUUUCGUGGCUCAUAGGUUAUGUGGUCGCAAUUUUCACGCGACGUACUUUUUGCGGACCAAAUUUUUUUCGUCCUACCAUCAUACUCAGGCACUGACGGCGCGUGUUUGUUGCCAAAAAUGCGCAUGCGCGCCGCCUGCUGCGCGCACGCGCGGGGUGUCUCUUUUGUUUUUUAGCUUUUUAACUAAUUGAAAAGUUAUAAAUUUAAUAUUUUUCAUGUCUGUUCAUCUCUUUAACAUUGCUCUGCACCAGUUUAUAACAAUUAGAUUGCACAAAAAAACGUGAAAUAUCAAAAGUUUCACUUGGCAACUUUUUUUCAUAAAUUUGUUCGAAAGUGCUCGGAACAACUUUAAAAACGUGAGCAGGGGCACUGGGUAAUAUCAAAAAUAUAAAAAUAUAUUUCAAAAACCUUAUUUCAGUGGAAAAGGCGAAAAAAAGAAUCAGUACCCCCCGCGUGCGCGCACCAGUGCCUGAGUAUAUAUAUAAUGAAAUUAAUUCCAUUUGAGCAUAGAAAAUUUCUGAAAAAAAUUUUUGAAUUGCUAUUAUAAAGCGGAAUCAACAACUUUCUUGUGCAGAUAAACAUUAUUCACAGACUUUGAAAGAAACAACUCGGCAAGUGUUAAUUUUAUAUGUUUUUAAAAAAAAAUAACGAGGAACAGAUUAAGAGGGUAUGAGAUAAUGCAUGUUAUCGAAAACUUUUCGUCUACAAUCUGAUGACCGUUUUAGAAAACCCUCUGGAAAACUUCUUCCUAGACACAGUAGGAUUUCUGAAUGAGAGCAGGCUUAUUUAGGGGUUCACUGCGGAUCAGCCGCUCAAUUUUGUAAGUUUAUUGAGAUUUUGAUAUAAUAUAAUAAAUAUUACAUUUGAAAAAAACUUUAAAAACCUUAAAAUAUUAAAAUCUUUUGCAGUUAUCGAUGGGUUGCCCGUGUCGCAUUGGCUUUUCUUGCUUGAACGGUGGUUGCGUUGCCAGAGCGGCAGCCGCAAAAACUUUUCUUGAGCAGGAGUCUGAAAGUUCAAUCGUCUCGAAAGUGAAAAAAAAACUUCUGUUGGCAAACUUAAGGAGAUUUAGACGCCAAAUGACCACUUCCAAACUUGCUGUGAGCUUCUAGAUGUCCCGGUUGCAUGUCGUGGAAUGUGUUCGUAUGAGGGUUACACAAGUAGCACGGUAUUCAUUUUUCAGAGAAUGCAAAAACAGUUGUUCACUCUUAUUUGCAGAUACAAAAUGCGCUUUCUUCACAAGAUCAGUGCCAAAUAUCAGAUGUUGCAAAAGUGACGUUCUGUGCAGCUCGUGGCGCGGACCACACUACCUGCUGCACGCAUUUACAGAUCAAACCUCAAUGUCAACUAUUUUGUGACCAAGUUAGCAAUAUUCGAAAACUUUCAUUGUAUUUCGUCAUUUUCAGAGACCCGGAAAUAAGUCAACUCUGUCACUCGAGCACAUUGAAUGCAUGCCUCUGUUCGAAGAUAUUAAAGGAUGUUUUCUGGAACAUGCAUUAACGGAGUACUAUGAAGAAAAUGACGCAAUGAAAACUAAAGAUACAACCGCCAUGUUGCGUUAUUGA